UCUGCACAAUUUCUCUUUCUCUCGCUCUUCCUUUUUUCACUUCCUUCCUUCCUUCCUUUCUUUCUUUAGAUCGACGGGAAAAAGAGCUUUCUCUUUCUGCAAACGAGGGGACUUCGAUCUCGUCUCGCGCUCCGCCGGUGGCGGGUGAUCGGAGGAUAGGCGAGCGGGGAUACCCUGAUCAUGUGGGGCGGCAACAGGGAGAAUUUCCCGGCGAGGGGCUACUUCACGCCGCAGCCGCCGAAGCGGGCCAUGCUGAGGCCGCCGGUCCCUCCGGCGACGGCGGCGGCGGCGCUGAUGUCGGAGAGGAAGCGGCCCUUGCCGCCGCCGGAUCUCUUCCACAUCAUUCACAAAGUGCCUGCCGGCGACUCACCCUACGUCAAGGCCAAGAGAGUCCAAUUGAUAGAUAAGGAUCCGAGUAAGGCCAUCUCUCUGUUCUGGGCCGCUAUAAAUGCGGGGGACCGAGUAGACAGUGCGCUGAAGGACAUGGCGAUCGUGAUGAAACAGCUGAACCGGUCGGACGAGGCGAUCGAGGCCAUCAAGUCUUUCCGCCAUCUCUGCCCCUUCGAUUCUCAGGAAUCUCUGGACAAUGUGCUGAUCGAACUCUACAAGAGGUCUGGACGGAUUGAAGAAGAGAUCGAAAUGCUUCAGCAUAAACUGCGGGUCAUUGAAGAAGGGAAGGGGUUCAGUGUGAGCCGAACAAAGACGGCAAGAUCACAAGGGAAGAAAAUCCAAGUAACAAGGGAACAAGAGAUAUCGAGGAUAAUGGGGAACUUGGCCUGGGCUCACUUGCAGCUAAACAAUUAUGAGAUUGCCGAAGGACUUUACCGCGAAGCCUUGUAUCUGGAGCCAGAUAAGAAUAAGCAGUGCAACUUGGCUAUCUGUUUGAUGCGCAUGAACAAAAUAGCCGAAGCGAAAGCAGUACUGGAUGCAGUCAGAGGUUCAUGCAGCGAUAGUGACAUGGACGAUUCCUAUGCUAAAUCUUUUGAUCGUGCCCUUCAGAUGCUGAAUGAGAUCGAAUUGCUGUCAAUUAAGCAGAACAAAGACGAUCACAAGGAGAUCCAAAGACCCUUUACAUCACUCGAGUGUAAAAAUUCAAGGGUUAUCAAUCGUGGAGCUUGGUCGGUUGCCUCAACAACCAUUGCAUAUGGACAUGGAGAAGAAACAUGGAUCUUAAAUGAGAGAAACGGUGUGCUAUCCCGGGGUGAAGCUCGGUCAUCUUCAGAAACCAUAUUCAGUGGUAACUGGAGAGAAGUUUCCCACUUUGGAACUCCACUGAGAUAUGUCUCACCGGGAAAUCUCCAUGCCAAGGAAAACUGUACUGAGACAAAUGAGGUGGGUCGGAGUUCGUCGAGCAGGAGUGUGUCUGCUUCACCGGCUUCUGUUAAGAGAAAUAUCGAAUUUUCUCCUGGGGAAUCAAGGAGGCAUACCUGUAGGAGCUUAUAUGCUUCCCUGGCUUCAUGUAGAGAAUCAGAAUCCAAGUCGAAGGCCACUUUAACUGGAGAGACAAAAAUGGUUAGAAAUUGUUCUGUGGCAAUGGCCGAGCCGAAGAAUUAUGACGAGAAUAUGAUUCACAGCGUAGUCAUGGAUGGAUCCAGCAAGGAAGAUCCUGCAGAAUUGGUCAAAACUUCCACCAACGACAUAAAAGAUUCUGGUGUUGUUGCAGGGAAGAGUUUCUGGGUGGACGAGCAAAAGAAGAGUUGGGCCGACAUGGCUGAGGAAGAGGAACAAGAUCUGACUGAUCCUCCUGUGCACCUGUGGGACAACUCGCCUCAGAAACCUUCUUCUUAUCAAACUCCGACAAGGAGUUUUCGCGGUGCGUAUCACGAAGAUGAAGAGGGGUUCAAUGAUGAGAAUCUAGAUAUCAACAUUGUAGGUCAUUCUUCCCAUGAACGGACUCUGAUGGAGAAUUUAAGCCGAACUUUAACAUUUUCACCAAGGAGCUCGGGCCGCUCAGCAGUUCGACGCUCUUUGAACUUCAACCAGAUCCAGAAACAGGAAUUAAACUCAGUCAUGCUAUUAGAGUCCAAGAAGGCGGAUGGUGGCUCACUUCAAGGAAACAACCGGGUUUCUGAUGCCGUGCCUGUGAAGAAAGUAGGACAACCGAGGAGAAAGAGACUGCAGGUCUUUCAGGACAUAACCCGCCUUCCUCACACCACAUGAACUCCCAUAUCCGAAAAUUUGAUCUGUCAUGGGCUUCUUCCUCAUUAGAGUGGUUUGUGUUUAGUUGGGUGUUCUGUGUUCGCUCUUGCCUUCAUUCAUCUUCACUUGUUCGUCUUUCUUAUUUGCUCAAUUCUCAGGAAUAGUUCGGUUUCGGCAUGAUUGCUUACCUUCCAAGACUUCGAGGUCCCAAAACUGCCAACAGUUAGGACAGUCAUCAGUUCUUAGCACGAAGAUUCGUAGAGCGGAGUCAUUUGAUCCUCCCUAUAGCUGAUCAGUCGAUGUGUCGCCACCCCUUAUCGCCAGUGCGAGUUUGGAUCACCAAGCGGAGAUGCAUAGCAUGAGGGCUCCUCUUCAAACUGAGGCGGCGCCACCUUCUGGGAACCUUGUAAUUCGGCUAAUGAAUCUUGCGGUCGCUAUUGAUCAUGUCCUUCCCAUGAAUCUCACUCUCUAAAUCCCCGCAUUUUCGCGAGAAAAACUCUUCACUUCGAUUCCUGCGUAAAGCACGAAUCCCAUCAAACUCAGCGAGCCAUUGCUUAUACAGCAAACAAACCUUGCACCUCGCCUGGCUUCAUUCAGCAAGUUAUCUUCUUCCUGAGCUUUC